UGACACGACCACGCUAUCGAAAACGAAAGACGUCAUUAGCGAUAUAUCGAUACAUUCAUAACAAUUCAUAUCACAUAGCUGUUGUUUGUGGGUGGCGCUGGCUGUGUCCUUCACAAUUAUGGCGGAUAAACGCAAAUACAAGAGAUCGAAAGAGGAAAUCGCCCGCGAAUUCGAUCUGCCCGAGCGCAAAUCCAAAAUAGCAACAAUACUCAAGCAAGAUGAUCAGGCCUACUGCAUAUGUCGCACAUCCGACUGCUCCAGAUUCAUGAUUGGCUGCGAUGGCUGCGAGGAAUGGUAUCAUGGCGACUGCAUUGGCAUCACCGAAAAGGAGGCCAAGCACAUUAAACAAUAUUAUUGCCGCAGAUGCAAGAAGGAGAAUCCGGAACUGCAGACCAUAUUCCGUCUUGUGGCCACCGAGCGUGCGGCCGCAACGGCAGCUGCAUCAACAGGUGGCGCCCACAGCGGAUAUGGCGCCACAAAUGCGUCUGGCUCACAUUCUGGACAAGCAGCUGCUGGCACGGCGGCGGGCACCAGUGGGGGUGCAGGCGGAACUGGUCGCAAAAACAAUAGCGUGGCCAAAGAAACGAAGGCAGGCAGACGGUGCGGCACAUGCGAAGGUUGCCGGCGACCCAACUGCAACCAAUGCGACGCCUGUCGCACACGGGUUGGCCACAAGCCGCGCUGCAUCUAUCGCAACUGUGUAAUGCAGGCUGCUCAUCCGGCUCAUCCAGUAGCGACGACAGGUCGCAAGCGCGAAAAGGGCAACGUUAUCCAGCAGCAGCGCAAAAGCAAAGUUGUGCGCUCCGACAGUCCGGAGAUAUUUGUGCAUCCAGAGCUAGAGGGUUUGCGACAGUGUCAUGGACCGAGCUGCUGUUGUCAGGCCCGACCGCAAAGUAAAUACUGCAGCGACAAGUGCGGCUUCAAUCUCGCUACGAAUCGUAUAUUCCAGGUGCUGCCGCAGCGUCUGCAGGAAUGGAACUUGACGCCCUGCCAUGCAGCCGAGGAGAAUCGCGAACAGCUGGAAGUCAUCAGACAAAAGCAGUCUAUGGUGCGUUUUGCACUCGCCGAGCUGGAAAAGCGCGCCGAGGAGCUCAACAUGGUGGUGGACCGUGCAAAACGCAGUUCCAUAGACACACAACGGCCGCAGGACAACGGCGAUGUGGAGGACGAGCAGAGCAUGUACUGCAUUACAUGCGGCCAUGAGAUACACUCACGCACCGCCAUCAAGCACAUGGAAAAGUGCUUCAACAAAUACGAAUCGCAGGCCAGCUUUGGCAGCAUCUUUCAGACCCGCAUGGAGGGCAAUAACAUGUUCUGUGACUUUUAUAAUCCGGCCAGCAAAACGUAUUGCAAGCGCUUGCGCGUCCUCUGUCCGGAGCACAGCAAGGAUCCUAAGGUUAGCGACACGGAUGUGUGCGGUGCGCCGCUUGUGCACAAUGUUUUCAAUCCCACCGGUGAAUUUUGUCGUGCACCCAAAAAGAAUUGCUUCAAGCACUAUGCCUGGGAGAAGAUACGCAGAGCCGAAAUUGAUCUGGAGCGAGUGCGUCAAUGGCUCAAAAUGGACGACCUGAUGGAACAGGAACGCCAGUUGCGGCAGCAGCUCAGCUCGCGUGCCAAUUUGCUUGGCCUGAUGCUGCACUCCACUUACAAUCACGAGGUAAUGGACGAGCUGGUGCGCAAGCAGCAGGAACAUUUCGCUGAGCUCGAGAAGCAGAAGCGGCGACAGGCGCACUAUCAGCAGGUGCAGCAGCAGCAACAGCAUUUCCAGCAGCUGCAUCAGCAGAAACAGCAGCAGCAACAGCAGCAGCAGCAGCAGCAACAGCAGCAGCAACAACAAUUGCAACAAUUACAGCAGCAACAGCAAUUGCAGCAGCAAAACUUAGAAUUACAACAGCAAAGCUUGCAACUUCAACAGCAGCAGCAACAACAACAACAGCAAGAACAACAACAGCAACAACUUCAACAGCAGCAGCAGCAGCAACAACAACAGCUUCAGCUGCUCUACCAGCAGCAGAAGAAGCAGCAGCAAUGACAAAAGAAGAAACCACAAACAACAAAAAAAAAAAAAAGAAACAAAA